GUUCAUAAUAUUUAUUAUUUUGGUUAUCAAUUAAAAUUUAUUAUUGAUUAUUGAUCAUCUAUAAUAUAAAUAAUGUUACACCCGAUGGGGUGUUUCAGUAAGUAAGUUCGACUUUGUUUAUUCAAAUAUAGACGGAACUGUGAAGCGAUGUUAUCUCUUAUCGAAAGCAUCGAAAAUGACCGCAGUUGCGCACUACAUACUACGGCCACGAAAUUCUUUCAUUAUGACCGCCACAUACGCGCCGAGGUCACACAUUUUAUUGACAACUGACAUUGUUCUAACAGAUAUUAUUACGUGUUGAAUUCGCCUUACCUUUAAAUGAUAUCCGGUCAGUAUAAAUAUGAGGGAGUGCAACGCAAAUUUAUCAGUCGACCGUGUGCGGUUUGAAGUGAUCUAGUUCGUCAGAAAAACACAGACCACGUUCACUAUGAAAUCGAUGGUGGUGUUGUUCGCUUUGGUAGCAGCGGUGUGCGGCUCCCUGGUGCCGCUGGCUCAGCCCCCGCAUCACCCCGCCGUGGUGCUGGACCCCCACGGCCGCCCGCUCGACACCGCUGAGGUCAUCGGAGCGCGCGCCCUACACCUUCAGGCUAAGGCUCUGGAAGGCCACUACGCAGGCCACUACGCACCUCUCGCUCACUCCGUGGUUGCUCACGCCGCUCCUGCUGUGGUUGCCCAUGCCGCCCCCGCCCUGAUCGCCGCUCCCGCCGCAGUGUCCCACCAGUCCCGUGUUGAUGUGCACACCAGCCCCGCCGUCGUGUCUCACUCUGUGGUCGCCCCUGCAGUGGUCGCCCACGCCGCCCCAGUGCUCGCGCACUCCGCCUACGCCGCUCCCCUGGCUGGUCACGGACUUCACGGACUCCAUGGACUCGGACAUUUGCUGAAGAAGCGCUCUUUGGGCCACCUCGCCUACGCUGCCCCAGUCGUCGCUCACGCCGCUCCCUACCUUGCCCAUGCUGCUCCCGUUGUUGCCGUGGCUCCUUCUGCCGUGUCUCACCAGUCCCGUGUGGAUGUGCGCACUAGCCCCGCCGUAGUGUCCCACUCCGUGGUCGCCCCCGUGGUUGCUCACGCCGCCCCCGUGGUCGCCCACGCCGCCCCUGUGGUCGCCGUAGCUCCUUCCGCCGUGUCCCACCAGUCCCGCGUGGAUGUGCGCACCAGCCCCGCUGUGGUGUCCCACUCGGUCGUCGCUCCCGUAGCACACAGCGUAUACGCCGCACCCCUCGCGCAUUCCUACCAUCAUUCCGCUCCCUUAGUCCAUGGCUGGUGAAUAGCGAACCUGACGAACCUAAGAAUUAGUGAAUAAGAAAAAUGUAAAAAAAAAGAAAUAAAUAAAUUAUCUAAAGUUUAAAUC